AUGGGCUUCUGUGUGCUUUUCGUUCAACUCUGCAUUGCUUUUGCGUCGACAAAAAACUGCUUUUCUGCAGGAAUCCCCCGAUUUUCGUACAUCGGGGACUCAACACCUGGGAUUGUGGGCUCACAGAAAGAAACAUUGGCCUCUAUCACAACCAAUUAUUGGACUUUGGAGAAUGUAACUCGACUCGCAGAAGCCACAGAUGAAGCAAACAUUGCUUAUUUCAUCCAAGUUUCUUCAUCAACGCUACCACUAACGGAGCGAUUGCUUUCUAGGGUGCACCACCCCGAAAACUUUUACGCGCUGCACUUUGAUAAAAAGAUACCAGCAUACAGAGUCGUGAAAGUCGUUUCAUCCAUAAAGGCCAACCCUGCGUAUGGAAAUGUACAUGUCAUGGAGCGAGACUCGGUGACAUAUCGCGGAAUCACAAUGGUUUUGAAUAAUUUGGCAGCGAUAACGGACCUACUCAAACUCGGACAUUGGGACUACUUUAUCAACCUUUCUGGCUCGGACUAUCCCCUCGUUUCUCCUGUCGUGCAGAGGAAGAUCCUUGCGAUGCCACAUGUGCGUGAACGAGCAAGCAAUUUCUUUAUUGUUUCGCCACAAGACCAAUGGGAGGAUAGUAAGAGAUAUCGCUUUGAGAAGAUCGCUGUGGAUACUGCUCUUGGUAUGUCAACCAGCGAAGAGGACUCGAAUCUCGUGGUUUUGAAAGAGAAUACUCCGUUGUUCUCGAGAUUGAAAUAUGAAUAUGUGAAGGGUGAAGGGUGGCUCAUCCUGACACGUGAAGCAUGUAGAUACAUGAUUGAAAGCCAUUAUGCUCGAAAAAUGCUGUUGUCUAUGGCUUUUUCGCAAGAUGCAUCCGAACAUUACUACGUCUCUUUGUUUCGGAAUCACCCGGAAUACAACCGCACUAUUGUUCCGCAUUCUUUGCGAACAGUUUACUGGAAGUUGAAUGGUGUUGCAUCUGGUCAGCAUCCAUACGUGAUUGAUAAACUUGUAGAGGAGGAUGGAUCGUACGCUCUUUGGAAAUGGCUCCUUCGAUCUCCUCAUUGGUUUGCAAGAAAAUUUUCUAUUCCGAAUAGCAAGAUCAUGGAUAAUAUUGAUAACCAUAUGAAUGGGCUAGGGCCUAAGGUUAACAAAACAUCUGUUCGUGAAUGCCUCGAUCGCGUUGAACACCACUUGCAUUGGCUUUAUUCCGUUUUACCACAACAACAGCAAGAUAUCAUCGCGGACAAGUCAGAUGACGCCUGGCCUUCUUAA